GAUAAAGAAGAAAUAAGUAAUAAAUGAAUAAUUUGGUAAUUAUGAUUUCGGAGAAAAUAAUACCGAUUAGUUCGCUAGUUGGAAAUGAAAUGGUAGUUUAACGUAGAGAAUCCCUUCAUCCGUAUCUGUAGUGUAGUUCUCUGUGAAGAAAAAAUCGAAAAUGCUGAAAACGAAAUCCCUGUAUAUCCUGUUGGUCAUUGCAAUCAAUAAUUUCGCCGUUGGUGUUCCUAAACCCGAAGACAAACACGAAAAGAUUCUACACGAAAAAGAGCAUUACAAAAAUGAAGAACAUAAUAAAGAAUAUGAUCACGAAGCAUUUCUUGGCGAAGAAGCGAAAACUUUCGAUCAGCUGACCCCCGAAGAAAGUAAACGACGAUUAAGUUUAAUUGUGGAUAAAAUCGACAAAAAUAAUGAUGGCGAAGUAGACUUCGAAGAACUUCAAGGCUGGAUCAAAUAUACUCAAUCUAAGUACUUGACCAACGAUGUGGAUAAACAGUGGAAAACUCAUAAUGUAGCAGGAAGUGAAAAAAUCACCUGGGAUCAGUAUAGAAAAAGCGUAUAUGGGUUUUCUGAAGAUAAUGAAGCGAUGGAAUUAGAUUUGAAUGAAGAAUUAGGAGGUUAUUCUUAUAAAGCUAUGUUGGAUCGCGAUAGAAGAAGAUGGCACGAAGCUGACGAGGAUAGCGAUGGUGCUUUAAAUAGGGAAGAGUUUGCAGCCUUCUUACAUCCUGAAGAAGCAGGUCGCAUGAAAAAUAUUGUUAUUCUCGAAACAUUGGAGGAUAUCGAUAAGAACAAAGAUGGAAAAAUUUCCUUGGAGGAGUAUAUAACUGAUUUAUAUCAUCAGAAUAUUGAAGAUGGCGAAGACCUACCAGACUGGGUGAAAAGUGAAAGAGAUCAAUUUACGAGUUACAGAGAUAAGAAUGGCGAUGGCUUUAUGGAUGCUGAUGAAGUUCGAGAUUGGAUCUUCCCGCAAGGAUUUGACCACGCAGAAGCUGAAACGAGACAUCUCAUUCUCGAAUCUGAUUCCAAUGAUGAUCAGAAACUCACCAAAGAAGAAAUUCUCAACAAAUAUGAUUUAUUCGUGGGGUCUCAAGCCACAGAUUUCGGAGAAGCCUUGACAAGACACGAUGAAUUUUAAAGACUGGUUCCGUUUCCGUUGGCCGUUACAGCCCACUCAGAUUGCCAUUUAUUACUUUUAGAAAUCUCUCGAACAAAUCGACGAACUCGCUUGUUGUUUU